GAUUUUAAAACUGUUUCCGCUCUCCCGUUUUUUUUUUAUUUGGUAAAUGAUGACGUUGAAUUAAAUUUUGUGGUUCCGUAUUAAGAGGCCAUUUUUUAUUUAUUUAUUCCAGUCUUCUCUUUUUUUUUUUACCUUUUUCACAUUCUUUCUUUUACUUUAACAUGAUUAAAAACAUUGGAAAACUCAAACAGUGGACGGGAGAAAAGUUUGGAUCUGCAAAGACAACGUUACAGACAGAAGACUUCCAGCGUCUGGAGGUAGAAACGGAAAGAAAGCGCAUUGGGUAUGAAAAGUUACAUGCGGCAGCAGGAGUGAUGCAAGUGCAGCUUGCCAAGAAGAAGAUAUCGCCCGAGGAUAAUAAAUCCAAGCGAUUACCUAAUGAUAUUCUGGGUGUAUGUCUCUCCAACUACGGCAAUGAGUUUACGGACGACGCACCACUGGGAGUUGCAUUGAUUAAUUUUGGUCAAGCACAGUCCAAAUUAGCCGCGCAUCAGGAAGAUUAUGCUGAAACGAUGCGCUUGGAAUACAUGGAAAAGCUGGAGGAAGGCUUACAACAGUUUAAAGAAUACGCCGUUCUUCGUAAAAGAUUGGAAUCCCGUAGAUUGGACUAUGACGCUAAAAUAGGUCGCCUUCAAAAGUCCAAAAAAGAAAAACCUGAUCUAGAACAAGAAAUGCAAGCGUCCAAAUUAAAGUAUGAGGACUCGGAAUAUGAUGUCAUUCAAAAGAUGGCUACUUUGCAAGAGUUUGAAGACGAACACUGUGAAGCCCUGGCUCAGUUCUUGAAUGUACAAUAUGAUUAUUUCAGUCGUUCUUUACAGGUAUUGAAUGAGGUUAGAUCUACUUGGGGUCAACCCUUAUCUGCCAGUGCACGUCAUAGCAACAACAACCGUUUGGCUGCUCUCUCGCGUACUUCCAGUCAUACGGAAGAAGAAGUUCAUGAGCCUCCUAGACGCGCCAUGGGAAGCAGAAGUGCUUCUUUUAGUGAUGAAUUUGCUGCUCCUCCUAGACGUGUCAUGAUGCCCAGUAAAAGUGAAUCGAUUACUGAAGAAUUACCAAUGCCCAGUCGCACCUUAACUCCGCCUGUAUUACCUCGUAGACAAUCACAAGCAACACCACCACCACCAGCACCAGCAAUAGUACAACGCAAGGCAGUUUAUGAGUUUGGAGGUGAUAAUGCCGAUGAAUUGUCUUUCCGUGUGGGAGAUGUAAUUACUGUGCUUGAAGAAGUGGAUGAAGGAUGGUGGUUAGGAGAAUCUGCUGAUGGACGACGUGGUAUUUUUCCCGUGAAUUAUACAGAAUUGAUACAAGGUGCUGGACCACCACCUAUUAUACCUGCAGGACCACCCAUGCCAGCUCGACCCAGUUUGUUAUCAAACAGUCAAAGUUUUGUAGAAGAACCUCGUGCUGAAUCGCCUUUUGGAGAUGCCGCACAGAAAGGCUAUUCGUAUAUUCGACCUAAUCAACCUACACGUACCAUGUCUUCUAAUACCAACACGACCAGUUCUCCCAUCAAUUCACCCGUACCGCGUCAUAAUACUACCAAAAGAGCCCCUCCCCCACCUCCUGUUUCACGUACUCCACCUGUCACCUCGUCACGUAGUUUUACUACAAACACUGUCCGCACUGCUCCUACCACGCCUCAAAUUCAUCUUCCUGUCACCAACGAUUAUUUCGAAGCGUCCUCUUCCUCUUCUUGUGGAGAGUGUGGAUGUGAUGAUUUUACUGCCAAUGUAUUUAAAAAGGGACAUUGUAACAAUUGUUUCCACAAGCAUUAAAUAGAUAUAUACUUUUUUUUUUUCACAAAAAACCCCUCAUCCAAUAAAUAAGCCAACAACAAAUAGGGUUCUAACCAAAAAUAGAUUUUUUUUU